ACGGGCUUGCUCAUAUCAGUCCGUGUUUGUAUUAUCUUGGCAGUAAUACAAGGGCUUUAUUCCCUGUAAGGCUACGGGCUUCUGAGCGUCUGGGUCUGUCCAGAAACUUGUGACAAACACCUGUAUGAGAAGAGGAAGUCCGUGUGCGCCGUCUUUACGGUAAAGCCGCUGGUUGAUCCCGCCCUCUCUUUGAUAGAAAACUCGGUGAUGUCGCUUCGUCUUUAACGAGCUUGACCCAGAACCCAGGGAAGGAGGGGGAAAGAGAAAACACUAAAAACGGAAUAGUCUGGAAGGGGUCGGGGCAGGCUUUCCACGAGCAGUCCAUUCCUCCCUGUUUCUGGGCUUGGUGGUUCAGUGACCUUCUACCCAUGAGCAACUAGAGCUCAGCCUCUGACCUUGGCGUGAUCUCUCACCUCUACUACCAAACCACGCCCACAGGUGAAGUGUGUAUGGAGCAGUGUGAGAGCGCAGCGGCUCUGCUGGAGUCGGUCAGGGAGCAGGAGGUGCAGUUUGAACAGCUGACCCGGGCGCUGGAGGAGGAGAGGAGGAGAGUGGGCCUCCCUGCCACCAGCCCCUCGGCCCUGGGUCGCCCCCUCCCUCACACACAGAACGGGCGUUUAGGGGAUGCAGACAUAGAACGACUGAAACUGACCGACUCAUACAUAAACGGCACACAGUACAGAAUGGUGGACCCUGCACACGGCGCUCUCGAUGAGAGCUACACACCAGAGGACGACUCCCAGGAAGUACACUCAGUCUUUUCUGAUGAGGGAACCACACGACGGUCAGACAAUGGGAUGAAGAAACCAAUCUCACGCACAGUUCUGCCAUCUGACUCGAUGUCUAUUGACGGAGGUUUGUCGGUGUCCGGUAUGGGUGGCUACAGCGCCACACUGGACCGCCCUUACAGGCAGCCUGGAGCAACAGACUACCCCACGGCCACAGUGCCAAGAAACUACCACUACGGUCCCGUUGGGGGUUACGAUGACUACCGGGGUGGCCCACCGUCAGAGGCAUACACCAGCCUUAGCAGGGGCUCACACAUGGACGACCGCUACAGGCCAGUCGAUGGCUACAGGACCCUGGACUCAGGGUACCGGGCCCCAAGCCGUCAGCAGCUUGACCCGUAUGCAGCCCAGCCCCAGGUGAGCCGGGGAAUGAGGGCCCUGGGCUCGGCAUUGGAGAUGCGGUAUGGCCAAGGCCACUAUGGUCUCGAGGAUGACCAGUGUAGUGUGGGAUAUGAUGACUAUGGCAUGGGGCCUCCACCCAUGCACCCUGGAGGCUACGGUACCAUGCCACGCCUGGGACCCGGUGCUGGGGGUAUGGACAGACGAAGACUCAGAAGCUGUGAGGAUACUUUGGAUGGUGACAUGGUAGGAGUUGACCCUUAUGCCUGGGGCGUUCCCAUGACGAUGGAGAGGGGGAGCAUGGCUUCACUGGACAGCACGCUAAGGAAGGGUCCUCCCACUUCAUGGAGACAGCCGGAGCUGCCGGAGGUCAUUGCCAUGUUGAACUAUCGCCUGGAUCCUGUCAAGACCAACGCUGCCGCCUUCCUCCAGCAUCUCACAUUCAAAAAUGACAAGGUUAAAUCAGAGGUGCGUCGCCUGAAGGGCAUCCCAGCAUUGGUGUCACUGCUGGACCACCCUAGCAAGGAUGUGCACCACUCAGCCUGUGGAGCACUAAAAAACAUUUCAUAUGGGAGAGACCAAGACAACAAGAUUGCCAUCAAGAACUGCGAUGGAGUGCCUGCUCUGGUCAGGUUACUGAGAAAAACCCGCGACCAGGACCUCACUGACACUAUCACAGGCACCUUGUGGAACCUCUCAUCCCACGACUCCGUAAAGAUGGAGAUCGUGGACCACGCCCUGCACGCCCUAGCCGACGAGGUGAUUGUUCCGCACUCCGGCUGGGAGCGAGGGAGCAACGGAGAGGAGAGCUGCAAACCACGCCAUCUGGAGUGGGAGACCGCCUUGACCAACACAGCUGGCUGCCUUAGGAAUGUGAGUUCAGAGCGCAGCGAAGCCAGGCGAAAGCUCAGAGAAUGCACGGGAAUGGUGGAUUCACUCAUGUACAUUGUCCAAUCACAGAUCAACCGCAAAGAUGUGGAUAAUAAGUUGGUGGAGAACUGUGUCUGCCUCCUGAGGAAUCUGUCCUAUCAGGUUCACCGUGAAGUCCCCGGCAGCGAGCGCUAUGCAGAGACCACGCCCCUCAACCAGGGGCCGACUCCUGCUAACAAAGGCGGCUGCUUUGGCUCUCGAAAGGGCAAAGAUGAGUGGUUUUCCAAAGCAAAGAAGGAUGGAGAUGAUGGCAGUGGAGAUCAGGUUGACAUUCCAAAGAGGACAACACCUGCCAAAGGUUACGAGCUGUUGUUCCAGCCGGAGGUGGUUCGUGUUUACACGUCGCUGCUCAGAGAGAGCAAGAACCCCUCGGUGCUGGAGGCUGCUGCCGGCGCCAUCCAGAACCUGUGUGCUGGCCGAUGGACUUAUGGUCGGUAUAUCCGGGCCACGGUGCGCCUGGAGAAGGGCCUCCCUAUGAUGGCAGAGCUGCUAGCUCAUGGCAAUGACCGUGUGGUUCGGGCAAUGUCCGGAGCCUUGAGGAACCUCGCCAUCGACAACCGUAACUGCGAACUGCUCGGUUUGCAUGCAGUGCCUCACCUUGUGGCCAACUUGCCUGGAGGCCAGAGUCAGUCUGGGCGCGCCCUGUCAGAGGAGACAGUGGUGUCUGUACUGAGCACGCUCGCUGAGGUGCUAGGCAACAGUCUGGAGGCAGCAAAGACCCUCCGAGCCUCGCAGGGCAUUGAGAGACUGGUGCUUAUUAACAAGGACGGCAAGCGCUCUGAUCGUGAGGUGCGGGGGGCCGGCCAGGUGCUGCAGCUCAUCUGGGCCCACAAAGAGCUGCGCCGGCCGUUGGAGAAAGAUGGCUGGAAGAAGACGGACUUCAUGGUCAACCUCAACCCCAACAGCACCACCACCAAUGGCCCGAGCACCAGAGCCAACGGCACCUACGAGGACAGCACCACGCCACUGCUGGACAGAGGAGAAAAGAGGGACAUGAUUCCACUAAAUGACCUCGGCCCUGAGGCCUACUCUACACUGGACCAGAGGGAGAGGAGACACACUCUGGAUGAAACCACAGACACUUUACCGCGAGGGGUGUAUGGGGGCAGAAAGGGUUCCUUGCCCCUGCUGGACUCCUACGAUGGUUAGCCCCCCCCCCCCUCCCCUCUACCCUCCCUCUGCAUGUAACAGCAUGAAAAACUGAUAGUGUGCAUCACCCAGACUGGGCCAUCCCUGCCCUACCACUGCUACUGAGGAGAGAAGAUCCAGAUGCACAGACUCUCUCCCUCUCUCACCCCCCUCUUCCCCUCCCCUCCCCUCCCCUCCUCUCUUUCUCUCUAUCACCACACAGAUGGGAUUAGAAGAUGAGGGUUGGCAUCCAAAGAAAGUGGCUGUGUUGCAGGCGAAACGUCUCAUGCAACACGCACACGUACAGACAUACACACCUACUUUUUACGAAGUCAUUCAAUUGUAGCAACAGAAAUAUAUAUUCCUUUUUUUUUUUAUUAUAAUUCUUCUGUAAAGGCAAUCACCUUUGUUGACAAUCAUUUAAUUCUGGUGUUGUCAUCCUGCUUGUUUUUGUUUUUUCUUUCUUUUUUUUUCUCGCUAUUGUCAACAUUUUGGUAAAUUUUGUCAGGGUCGACACGUUGCUGCCAACACCCGCAUCCUAACAAUGAAUUUGUACUUCUAUGUAGGGUAUAUACUGUAUAUAAAAAGAAGAAUGGGAUGACUGCAUUAGUUUUGGCUCAUUAAUUUAAAUCGUCCCUUUACUGGGAUCGUUGGGAGGUUGGGACGAGCCGGCGGACCGACGGCCGCCCUGUAGUUUGAGAAUGUUGUUUAUAUCGGAGUUAUUUUCCUGUCUAGAGUUAUUUUCUCUCUGUUGGGACGAGCACAAGCGUAGACAAGAAAGGGCAGGUGUGUGUAUAUUUGUCAUACAGUUAACCUGUGGCCGUGUGUGUGUGUGGGAAAAAAAGAAUAUGGACCUUGGAGUGAGUGUGUUUUUGUGUGUGCGUUUGUGUGUGUGUGUGUGUGUGUGCACAGACCAGACCCAUGAGACCACAUGUUGAUUAUUUAAUCUGCUCAUGUUGUUUUUAUCUUGUGCUCCUCCACCUGUGACUAAACAUCCUUUUCAUGUACCAACUGCCUCUUUUUGUUUUUUAUACCGUUUUUUUUUUUUUUUUUCUUUCUUCCCAUGACAAUUUGAGCUGCUGCGUUUUGACUUUUCUGUCUGGAUUUAGUCGACCAGACCAGUACAGCACAUCAAACUUGGUACUCAAAUAUGAAGCUGGGAACAUAACACUAAUAAACAACUAAAACAUGACAUCCUGCUUCAGAAAACUUUCCCCUACCUACUGUUACAGAUUUACACUAUACACACAAGCUUAUUCUAAGCUAAGCUUCAGCUUAUUCUUCUUUUAGAAAGCAACUAUCACUUCAGGAGGAUCUUCGGAGGAAUUAUCUCUACUUUAAAAAAAAAAAAUCACUACUUGCUGUUUUUUUGUUCAUAUUAGCAUUUUUGAUGUGCUUAACUAUGGGAGGCUUCUUCCCUCAGAGGAGACUCGAGUUUUAACAGACAGUUUGAGGACAGAAACUGACGCUUUCAUUUAAGUUGGGAGUUGGACGAAAAGCACAUUUUGUUCUAUGAUCCAUUUGUUUUGACCUUUUUUUCCACUUUUUGUCUGGUUUGUUUGUGUUUUAUUUCGGGUUUUGUAUGUGUGGGAGCAGUGGGUGAGAGCAUUAUGCAAGUUGUUCAACUUUUUAGUCCCAGUUUUACCGCCGAGUUGUUUUUAAGGCAAAAGAGACCAAUCAUCUUUGUUUUUUUACUCUCCACACACAGUAUAUUUGUCAUGUUGCCUAUCCAUGUAAAAUUAUGAUGUACCAUUCAUACCUGCCUUGGCUCUGAGAAGUUGCUUUUUUCAGUAAAGUAUGUAACUGGUAAUACUGUUGUUUUUAUAAAUAAAGAUCUUUUCUUAGACAAGA